AUGUUUCCUCAACAAUCCUUUAAACAACCUUUUAGGAACAGUUGUAUAGGACUUCUUACUAAUCUGAGGUCUUCAAACGUCAUUAAGAGAUAUGUCUCAAGACAAAGACUGUACGCUACAUCAGCACCCAAUAAACAUUCUAAUCAGAGUGUAACUGGAUCAAAUGCAAAUGGUACUAUAAGACCAGCUCCCGCACCAAGUUUUAAUGCGGAACCAAUUAGCGUUAGAAUUUCAAAGAAAAUGCAUUCUGAUCCAUCAAUGGAUAGUUCUUUAGUUGGUUUGACUGGUGGUGAAAUUUUCCACGAAAUGAUGAAAAGACAUAAUGUAGAUACAGUCUUUGGUUAUCCAGGUGGUGCUAUCUUACCUGUUUACGAUGCAAUUUAUAAUAGUAAAGAUUUUAAUUUUGUGUUACCAAGGCAUGAACAAGGUGCCGGGCAUAUGGCCGAAGGUUACGCCAGGGCUUCGGGUAAAUGUGGUGUUGUUUUAGUCACUUCUGGCCCAGGUGCCACUAAUGUUAUCACUCCAAUAGCAGAUGCAUUGGCUGAUGGUGUACCAAUGGUUGUAUUCACUGGUCAAGUCCCAACUGCAGCUAUCGGUACCGAUGCUUUCCAAGAAGCGGAUGUCAUAGGCAUUUCAAGAUCAUGUACAAAGUGGAACGUAAUGGUCAAACGUAUAGAAGACUUACCGAAAUGUAUCAACGAGGCUUUUGAAAUUGCAACUAGUGGCAGGCCUGGUCCUGUUUUGGUCGAUUUACCAAAGGAUGUUCAAGCGUCAAUCCUGAAAACACCAAUUCCAAUCAAGACUACAAUCCCAUCAAAUGCGUUAAGACACCUAACUAGGAAUGUUCAAACACAGUUCUCAGAGGUAGCUAUUAAAAGAGCUGCUGAAUUGAUCAAUAUUGCAAAGAAACCAAUUUUAUAUGUCGGUGGUGGAAUUUUAAAUAAUCCAGAAGGUCCAAGAUUAAUUAAAGAGCUCAGUGACCGAGCUCAAAUUCCCGUCACUACAACUUUACAAGCACUAGGUGCAUUCGAUCAAGAAGAUCCCAAAUCGUUAGAUAUGUUAGGUAUGCAUGGUCAUGCCCCAGCAAAUCUAGCUAUGCAAAAUGCUGAUUUGAUUAUUGCCGUUGGUGCAAGGUUUGAUGAUCGUGUCACAUUAAAUAUCAGUAAAUUUGCACCUGAGGCUCGCCGUGCGGCUCUGGAGAAUAGAGGUGGUAUCAUACACUUUGAUAUUUCUGCUAAAAACAUAAAUAAAGUUGUCGAGACUCAAGUUCCUAUUGAAGGUGACGCAGGAGCAAAUUUGACUAAAUUACUUCCUUCUAUUUUUUCUGUCUCCGAAGCAGAACGCAAAGAAUGGAUGGAAACAAUUAAGACCUGGAAAGAAAAACAUCCAUAUACUUACCAAAAGGAAAGUCCAGGCUCUAAAAUAAAACCGCAAACUGUUAUUGCCAAACUUUCAGAGAUCGCAAACAAAUCCGGGAAACCUAUCGUAGUUACAGCUGGUGUUGGUCAACAUCAAAUGUGGGCCGCCCAACACUGGACUUGGAAGAAACCACGCACAUUUAUAUCAUCAGGUGGUUUAGGUACCAUGGGUUAUGGCCUGCCAGCUGCCAUCGGUGCACAAGUAGCAAGACCGGAUGCUAUAGUAAUUGAUAUUGAUGGUGAUGCAUCUUUCAACAUGACUUUGACCGAACUCUCUUCUGCUGUGCAAGCCGGUACACCAAUCAAAAUUUUAUUAUUGAAUAACGAAGAACAAGGUAUGGUUACCCAGUGGCAAUCAUUGUUCUACAAACACCGUUAUUCACAUACGCAUCAAUUGAACCCAGAUUUUGUGAAGGUAGCAGAAGCCAUGGGCAUUAAGGGUAUGAAAUUAACGGAACAAAGCAAGAUGGAUGAAACAUUAAAUGAAUUUUUUGAUUUCAAUGGACCCGUUUUAUUAGAAGUUGUUGUUGAAAAGAAAGUUUCAGUCUUACCAAUGGUUCCAGCUGGUAAAGGAUUAGACGAAUUCAUAGAAUUUGAUUCAGAGGUGGAAAAAGAACAAAGUAGGUUGCGUAGAGAUCGUACUGGGGGUAAACAUUAA